UCAUUCUGAACCUCGAAUCCUCUCAGUGCAAAGUGCCAACAAGUCUUCUUCUUCUUCUUCUUCCUCAUCAAAAUCUCUUCUUUUCUUCCAGGCAAUGCUAAAUUAGGGUUUUGAUUUCUAGAUCUCUUCCGAAACUUAACAACAAUGGCGACUUCUUCUUCUUCUUCGUCGUCAUCUCUGCUUCUACCGAACAUCAAUUUCAACUCAAGACAAUAUACAGCAAUCACUCGUUCCGUUUCAAUCCCCGGAAUCUUCUUACCCAGAAACCGGUUAAGCUACAAUCACAACAGUCUUCAGCUUCGUACGAGAUUAAUCAGAGCUUCUAAAGACGAUACUGUCGCAGUUGAAGAUCGUCGUGAGAAUUCAGUGAUCAACGGAGAUUCUAACGGAAGCGCCCGUUUAAACGGUAACGGCUCAGCUAUAAAACCCGUCAACGGUGAUUAUAACGGGAGUGCUCGUUUAAACGGUAACGGUAAUGGUAGUUUGGUGAAGUAUGUGAACGGAAGUGCAACGGUGGAAACGGAGGAAGUCUCGAAGAAGAGAAAAGAGGAAGUGAGGAAGAAGAGAGUUGAAGAUAUUGGUCAAGAGGAUGCUUGGUUUAAGAAUAACCAACAAAAACAAGUUGAGGUUUCUGUAGCACCUGGUGGUCGAUGGAACAGGUUCAAGACUUACUCAACUAUACAAAGAACAUUGGAGAUUUGGGGAUUUGUUGUACAGUUUAUUUUCAGGACUUGGUUAAGCAAUCAGAAGUUCUCAUACAAAGGAGGAAUGACUGAGGAGAAGAAGGUUUUAAGAAGGAAGGUUUUGGCUAAGUGGUUGAAAGAAAGCAUUUUGAGAUUAGGUCCUACGUUUAUUAAAAUUGGGCAACAGUUUUCUACUAGAGUUGAUAUUCUUCCUCAAGAGUAUGUUGAUCAACUGUCAGAACUUCAGGAUCAAGUUCCUCCUUUCCCUUCUGCUACAGCUUUAUCCAUUGUUGAAGAGGAGCUUGGAGGUUCAGUUGAGGACAUUUUCGACCGUUUUGAUUAUGAACCUAUAGCUGCAGCUAGUCUUGGCCAAGUUCACCGUGCAAGACUUAAGGGUCAAGAAGUUGUCCUUAAAGUACAGAGACCCGGUCUGAAAGAUCUCUUUGAUAUUGACCUUAAGAAUUUGAGGGUGAUUGCUGAGUAUCUCCAAAAGGUGGACCCAAAAUCAGAUGGUGCUAAGAGAGAUUGGGUUGCAAUCUAUGAUGAAUGUGCCAGUGUAUUGUACCAGGAAAUUGAUUACACAAAAGAAGCAGAGAAUUCGGAGCUGUUUGCUAAUAACUUCAAAGACUUAGAGUAUGUAAAAGUUCCAUCAAUCUACUGGGAAUAUACUACACCUCAGGUCCUGACGAUGGAGUAUGUCCCUGGGAUUAAGAUUAACAAGAUACAAGCCUUAGAUCAGUUAGGUGUUGAUCGAAAAAGGCUAGGGAGAUAUGCAGUUGAAUCUUACUUGGAGCAAAUCUUAUCUCAUGGGUUCUUCCACGCCGACCCUCACCCUGGGAAUAUUGCGGUUGAUGAUGUCAAUGGUGGGCGGCUGAUAUUUUACGACUUCGGAAUGAUGGGAAGUAUUAGCCCAAAUAUUAGAGAAGGUUUAUUGGAGGCAUUCUAUGGUGUCUAUGAAAAAGACCCAGAUAAGGUCCUUGAAGCUAUGGUUCAAAUGGGUGUCCUUGUACCAACUGGAGAUUUGACGGCAGUUAGAAGAACAGCACUAUUUUUCCUCAACAGUUUCGAAGAGAGGCUUGCUGCACAAAGAAAGGAGAAAGAAGAAUUAGCAGCAGCAGAAGAGCUUGGGUUCAAGAAGCCACUAAGCAAGGAAGAAAAGCAAGAGAAAAAGAAGCAACGGUUAGCUGCAAUCGGAGAAGAUUUAUUAGCCAUUGCAGCUGAUCAACCUUUCCGGUUCCCAGCCACAUUCACAUUUGUUGUUAGAGCCUUUUCAGUAUUGGAUGGCAUUGGCAAAGGUCUUGACCCCCGAUUUGAUAUAACGGAGAUCGCAAAACCCUAUGCUUUAGAGUUGCUACGGUUUCGGGAAGCUGGUGUAGAAGUUGUAGUGAAGGAUCUGAGAAAGAGAUGGGACAGGCAAUCACAAGCAUUCUACAAUCUAUUUAGACAAGCUGAUAGAGUUGAAAAGCUAGCCGUAGUCAUUGAACGACUUGAGCAAGGUGAUUUGAAGCUUAGGGUCCGAGCGCUAGAGUCUGAGAGGGCAUUCCAACGUGUUGCAGCUGUUCAGAAAACAGUAGGAAGUGCUGUUGCUGCAGGAAGUUUAGUCAAUCUCGCAACAAUUUUGUAUCUGAAUUCCUUAAAAACACCUGCUACUCUAGCAUAUACGGUAUGUGCUUUCUUCAGUCUCCAAGUUCUAAUCGGAGUCAUAAAGGUUAAGAAGUUCGACCAACGCGAAAAACUGAUCACUGGAACAGCUUAAAAACUUUCUUGAAAUGUAGUAAAGCUUCUUCAGUCUCCAUAAACCCUUUUGUUGCACAGAAGCAAAAAGACUCUCUCAUAAGCUUGUCACAGGAGUUGUAACAAUUUCUCUGGUCUGCAAAUAAAAAUCUUAUAGAAGCGUAAGAGGCAAGAGAUGGUCAACUAGUCAAACGACCACUCUCUUAUCUCUUUCUUCUGGACGUUUUUGAUUAUAAUUUUUGGAGAGGAGGAGACUCUGGUAUUUAUCAACAGAGUGGUUUACUUGAGCCACAUGUAUUAUGUAUAGAGAAAUUUAGAAAUUAGGAACUUCUUUCGCAAAAAUAUACUUACUACCUCGUUUACUCAAUGUACUCAUUCAUAUCUCUCUGUUUCA